AAGCGACAAGGGAGCCAAACCAUCAAUACUAUUACAGUUGUCAAAUAUACUCGACGUCAUUCUCAUCAACCAGCUCUAUCAUGGCUACCAAUCAACGACCUAAUACUCCUUCUGGGAUUUCUGCUUCUUCCUCUUCUGCUGCAAUUUCUGGCUCUACCAAUGCUCAAUCUAACCUCAAACCCAUCCAAGUCAAGCUGGUUCUUCUAGGCGAAGCUGCUGUGGGCAAAUCCUCGUUGGUGCUUCGUUUUGUUAAUAAUGAGUUUCAGGAAAACAAGGAACCCACUAUUGGUGCUGCUUUCCUGACUCAAAAGUGUCGGUUGGAUGAUAAAAUCAUCAAGUUUGAGAUUUGGGAUACUGCCGGUCAGGAAAGAUUCCAUUCGCUCGCACCCAUGUACUACAGAAAUGCUCAGGCUGCAGUCGUUGCUUACGAUAUCACUAAACCUGCUUCACUGGAAAAGGCCAAAGCAUGGGUCAAGGAAUUACAGCGACAGGCAAACCCUAAUAUUGUGAUUGCUCUUGUGGGCAAUAAGUUGGACUUGGCUGCUACAGCCCGUGGUGUUUCGACCGAAGAGGCUCGGGCAUAUGCCACUGAGGGAGGAUUGCUCUUUUUGGAAGCAUCAGCAAAAACUGGCGAGUUUGUCAUGGAUAUUUUUACAGAUAUUGCUAAAAAAAUCCCAUUGGAGACUCUGGCUGCUGCACGUGGACGCACCGGCUUAACUAGCGGAUCUGGUGCUGGAGGCACAAAUGCCAGCAGUGGACGAGUAGAUCUCAACCAGAAUCAAAAUGCCACCCCUGUUCAGGAUGCAUGCGCUUGUUAAACUUGGAUAAUGGGAAAUGGAUAUCAUUGAUGAAUGACGAAUUGAAACUAUCAGGUCUCAUGCUUAUCCAAUGGCCUGAACAUUUUUAUUAUAAACUUUAACUUUCCAUGAUAAGCUUGAAUCUAUCCAAUGAUCCUUUGACUGGGACUAUUUUUGAUUUUUUGCUUGAAAGGCCUUAUAGCUGGAUUAUUUUCUUUUUUUAAAUUACAUUUAUUGUUUUAUUUGCAGCCGUAUUUACGUAAAAUGAACCAAAGUCAAAAUGCAG